GGUCACAGCAGAAAUAUGUACUUAGAUCUUUGAAAUCAUUUUUCUGUAGGAUCAAAGCAUGACUGUGCAGACAGACAGGUGCCAUGACCAACUCAUGACAGACACAGACUCCCAGCAGGAUGAGGUCCUCAUCACAGGAACAUCACCACAAAAUUUGACACUGGACUGUGAACAUGGUGAUGAUGUGUAAAGAGUUCUUUCAUGUGCUACAUCCCUUCUGAACCCUUCUGCACAGAGUUACAGGGCUCCAGGCAGGAACACGCCGGCUCCACAGGAACCUUGUCCUCCUGCCUGUGGUGAUGGUGAUGCUUCUCCUCUGUGUGAAUGCAGGCCCAGCAGUACCCACUGCCAGCUCCCGGACUGGUUUCCCUGCAGACUGCAGCCAUCUCCGCAAGACCAGCCCCAGUGGGGUGUAUGUCAUCCAGCCAGCAAAGUCUCCCCCGCGGGUGGUGUGGUGCGACAUGGACACCGAAGGCAAGGGCUGGACUGUUGUCCAGAGAAACUCUUAUGACACUGAGCUCACUUGGAAGCAAUCCUGGACCACCUACAAGUAUGGCUUUGGGAAUGUGCAGGGUGAUCACUGGCUGGGCACUGAGUACCUGCACCUGCUCACACAGCAAGGCACCUACAAGGUCCGCUUCAUUGUGCGGAAUAAAGCCAAUGUCACCCAUUAUGCUGAAUAUGACAUCUUCAGUGUGGAGAGCGAGGCCACUGGAUACCCACUGAGGCUGGGUCGGUUUUCUGGUGAUGGGGAUGACUAUCUGACCAGCUACUACCCCAAGAAGGGGGGAAUACACGACAACAUGAAGUUCAGCACAACCGACCGAGAUCAGGACCAGUACAGUGGGAACUGUGCCAGCAUCUACGGGGGCUGGUGGUAUGACAGAUGCCAGAAUGUCCUGCUCAAUGCCAAAAACCACAUCCUCUGGCCAGGAUUCUGCGAUAGUGGUGACUGUGCAUCCUCCCUCAUCUUGGUCAAACCCACAGAUGUGUGUUAUCUGUAUUGAAGGGGCCAGCCUCCCAGGAGGCUGCAGGAGUGCCAGCAGCCCAGUGCCCUAUUCCUGUGCCUGCUAGCAGCUCUGUGCCAGCCCUACUGCUUGUCCUGCACUGCCUGAAGCUCCUGCACUGUAAUCAGCUGAAACACCACAGCUCUGGGGCUCAGGAGCCGUCCCCUGGAGCCCUGGGCAUGUGAGCAGCUUUACCCAGU